AUGGAUUCCGAGACUCCUUCAGCUGCCAACCCCACCCCUGGCGGCACCCUCUCUACCCCCAAUGCCACCACACCCUGGCUGGGCCGGGAUGAAGAGCUGGCCAAGGUGGAGAUCGGAGUCCUGGCCACUGUCCUGGUGCUGGCGACAGGGGGCAACCUGACUGUGCUGCUGAUGCUGGGGUGGCUGGGCCGCAAGCUCUCCCGCAUGCACCUGUUUGUGCUGCACCUGGCCCUCACUGACCUGGGGGUGGCACUCUUCCAGGUGCUGCCCCAGCUGCUAUGGGACAUCACCUACCGCUUCCAGGGCCCCGACCCCCUCUGCCGGGCCAUCAAGUACCUGCAGGUGCUUAGCAUGUUUGCCUCCACCUACAUGCUGCUGGCCAUGACGCUGGACCGCUACCUGGCUGUUUGUCACCCACUGCGCAGCCUCCAGCAGCCCAGCCAGUCCGCCUACCCACUCAUUGCUGCUCCUUGGCUGCUAGCCGCCAUCCUCAGCCUCCCGCAAAUCUUCAUUUUUUCUUUGCGGGAGGUAAUCCAGGGCUCAGGGGUGCUGGACUGCUGGGCAGACUUCCGCUUCCCUUGGGGGCCACGGGCCUACAUCACCUGGACCACCCUGGCCAUCUUCAUCCUGCCUGUGGCCAUGCUCACCACCUGCUACAGCCUCAUCUGCCACGAGAUCUGUAAGAACCUAAAAGUCAAGACGCAGGCCUGGAGGGUAAAAGAAGGGGGCUGCAGGACCUGGGACAGGCCUUCACCUUCUGACCCAGCUGCGGUCAUGCGGGGGCUGCCAUCCCGGGUCAGCAGCAUCAGCACCAUCUCGAGAGCCAAGAUCCGAACCGUGAAGAUGACCUUCAUCAUUGUGCUGGCCUACAUAGCCUGCUGGGCACCGUUCUUCAGCGUCCAGAUGUGGUCUGUGUGGGACGAGAAUGCCCCUGAUGAAGAUUCAACCAGUGUGGCUUUCACCAUCACCAUGCUUUUGGGCAACCUCAGCAGCUGCUGCAACCCCUGGAUCUACGUGGGCUUCAACAGCCACCUGUGGCCACGCCCGCUGCGCCGUCUAGCCUGCGGUGGGGGCCCCCAGCCCCGGAUGCGCAGGCAGCUCUCCAACGGCAGCCUCUCGAGUCGCCGCACCACGCUGCUGACCCGCUCCGGCGGCCCGCCCACCCUCAGCCUCAGCCCCAGACUCCGUGGGAGGCCUGGGCCGGAAGAGUCACUGAAGGGCUCAGAGCAGGUGGACACGGAAGCCACCACUGAGACCGGCAUCUGUUAGGGCACACUCCCUGAGGCUGGUGCAGCCCGCGGGGCUAGCGGAGGGUCUCUGCUCAUCUCAGCACUGGGUGUGAACGCUGGGAGGCUCUGGGCUGGAGUAAGGGGAGCCGGGUUUGAGGCAGGGUGAGGAGGUCAGAAUGGCUGCCCCCUACCCUUGGUGUCACAGCUGCCCUCAUUCGCUCCCAGUCUCAAAUGCUGGAAGUCAGGGAGAAUCAAACCGUCUGCUUGCCUGAUCCCACCAUGUUCACACUGUCUGGGAACACACCCAUGUGGUAGAUGUGGUGCCCCACAUCUGCGACAGGCCUAGGACGGCCCUGACGGGGGUCCACACGCAGCAGGAACUCAGAGACUGGUCUCCAUCUUGGCUAUUUGUCCCCAUCCUGACCUGACUAGCACACCGUAGCCCAACCAGGAGAGGGGA